UGAUCCGGCGUCACCGCGCGCGCGGAGCAACCUGGGCUUGCAAUGGCGAACCGGACGGUGAAAGAUGCGCACAGCAUCCACGGGACCAACCCGCAGUAUCUGAUCGAGAAAAUCAUCCGCACUCGUAUCUACGAGUCCAAGUACUGGAAGGAAGAAUGUUUCGGGCUCACAGCGGAAUUGGUUGUGGACAAAGCUAUGGAACUAAAAUAUGUUGGUGGUGUAUAUGGUGGGAACAUUAAGCCUUCCCCAUUCCUUUGCCUGACUCUCAAGAUGCUCCAGAUUCAGCCUGAAAAGGAUAUCAUUGUUGAAUUCAUAAAAAAUGAAGAUUUUAAGUAUGUUAGACUGCUGGGUGCACUGUACAUGCGACUAACGGGGUCUGCUAUUGAUUGUUAUAAAUACUUGGAACCACUUUAUAAUGACUAUCGGAAAGUGAAGAGGCAAAAAAGAGAUGGAGAGUUUGAACUAAUUCAUGUUGAUGAAUUUAUGGACGAGUUACUCCAUGAAGAGCGUGUUUGUGAUAUCAUUUUGCCCAGACUUCAGAAACGUUAUGUGUUGGAAGAAGCAGAGAUGCUGGAUACACGAGUCAGUGCUCUGGAAGAAGAUAUGGACGAUGUAGACACAAGUGAAGAUGAGGAUGAAGAUGAUAAGGGUAACAGAAUGCCAACACCAGAGCCCCCAAGGAGAGGUUACCGAGAUCUUGAUCGGCCUCAUAGAUCUCCCUCUCCACGGUAUAGGAGAAGCCGAAGCAAAACACCAAGGCGACGAAGUAGAUCUCCCAAGCGACGAAGCCCAUCACCACGUCGUGAAAGACAUCGCAGCAAAAGUCCCAGACGUCACCGUAGUCGAUCCAGGGAUCGUCGUCACCGAUCGAGGUCCAAAUCUCCAGGUCAUCACAGAAGUCAUAGACACAGAAGUCAUUCCAAGUCACCUGAAAGAUCAAAAAAGAGUCACAAGAAGAGCCGAAGAGGAAAUGAAUGAAGGUUCCACAAACUGUCAAAUAUACAUUUCCAGUGGAUCACAAGACUUGUUUGUAGAUAAAACUCUGAUGUUAACAAAUGGUGUCUUUGGUAUUAAUUCUAAGAUGUUAUUUGCAAGAAUUAAUUUUAGUUACAAAAGCACUAUGGUAAAUCUACUAAACUUUUUGGAAUAGGCAGAGUAA